ACUGGGUAGGCCUCCUAUUCCUAGCCUUCAUUGUCGCUUCUCCUCUCUUUCUUUCUCUACAUUUUCUCUCUAGAAUUCCAUCUUUGUUCAAUCAUCGAUCUGUAAUUUCACUUUUCCGAGAUUCGAAAUUUCGAACUUGUAGUUUCCGGAUCAGAUAUUAGGAUCUUUUGAACCUGUAAUUUGAUGUCGGUGUCCGAUUCUGAAACCUCCUCUCAUGGAGGAGAGUAUAAGAUGUUCCGUCAAGUCACCCGUGAUCGGAUACUGUAUGAAAUGAUCAAAGCAUCCCACUCAAAGGAGUCAAGAUCAAUGUGGAAGGUACUUAUCAUGGAUAGAGUUACUAUGAAAGUUAUAUCUCAUUCAUGUAAAAUGGCAGACAUAACAGAUCAAGGAGUUUCAUUGGUGGAACAGGUUUUCAAAAGAAGGCAGCCUAUGCCUGGCAUGGAUGUCGUAUAUUUUGUUCAACCAACAGAUGAAAACCUUGCCCUGUUUAUGCAUGACAUGACAGGGAGAACACCCAUGUAUAAAAAAGCAUUUGUUUAUUUUAGUUCUCCUAUCCCAAAGGAUUUUAUUGGUAGAAUCAAGGCUGAUACAACUGUCAUACCACGCAUAGGUGGAUUGAGUGAGAUGAACUUGGAGUACUUUCCUAUUGAGAAUCAGGUAUUUGUAACUGAUCAUGAAAGAGCAUUAGAAGAGCUGUAUGGGGACGAUGCUGAUACUACUCCUGAAUAUGAUGUUUGCUUACGUGAGAUGGCUAUUCGUGUUGCCACUGUUUUUGCUUCACUUAAGGAAUUGGAUUAAGGGAAGAUGAUUGGCAGUGCUAAGACGUGUUAUGGGCUCUAUAUCCUACAAGAUGACACUCUUUCCGUUGGAACAUCUCAAAAAUUCAGUUUGUUAUCUUUAAAUAAUCAGUCCCAUUCAAAUAAAGAUAGUGAUAUCAGGAUGUGUAAACACUAACCGGAAAAAAUUGUCGAUGACCACACUAGAUUAAAUUGGGUAUAUCUCGUGAAAACCAUAUCCAAAGUAGGUGAAAAUUUUAAACUUUUCAUUCUAUGAUUCAAACCCAGUUUCACACUAAAAUUCAAAUCCUCAAGAGUCAACAAGAUAUCCUAUACUUCAGUUCCUGUGUAGAUAUACCCCUCGACAUAAUGGAAUUGCUGAGAGAAAAAAUCGAGGCCUCUUAGAAGUUGUUUGGUCACUUUUUUUUCAGCUCAAGUUCCUAAACAUCUUUGGGGUGAAGUUGUUCUCACAACUACCUACCUUUAUCAACCGAAUGCCUUUUCGGGUUCUCAACUUCCAAACUCCAUGUAAAGACAAUCUUGCAGUUAUUCCCUCAUACAAAGUUCGUUAGUCUUCUUUCUUGAUUCUAAAAUAUUUGGUUGCGUUCAAAAUCAUAGUAAGUUAGAUUCCAGAUCUAUUAAGUUCUUUUUAUCGAGUAUUCUUCACAUCAAAGGGGUUACAAGUUUUAUCCUACUGUAACUAGAAAUUGUAUAAUUCUACGGAUGUUACCUUCUUUGAGAAUCAUGCUUACUACAAAUCUGAGCUUCAAGGGGAAAACGCAAACAAAUCUCAUCUUUAGGACUUUAUUCCAAGUACCAAUACUCAAUCUCUAAGUACUAAUCCGUGCAUCCAUACUCAAGAUUACAUGACUCCUUCAUCUCCUUGCCUUAUACCAAAGAACAAAGAAAAAGAAAUCCUUGUCUUUAUGAGAAGGAAACAAUCUGGCAAAGAAAUAGAGCACACAACACAUCUUGAGGACUGCCAUUAAUCUGAACCAGAUCCUCAAUCUUUAGAAACUCAUUAAGGAGUUCCCCAAUGUACGAUAUCGUGUAAAGCCCACAGAUGGAUCUGUAGAGACAACAUUUCGUGAAUUAGUUCCUAAAAAGCUAGCUUUAGCUAUUUGGGAAUACAUUAAGUCAUAUCAACAUACUAUUCCUAACUUCCCACAAUCUGAAACAUGCGAGUUGCUCAUUGUGGAUAGAUCCGUUGAUCUGGUUGCACCCGUCAUUCAUGAAUGGACUUAUGAUGCAAUGUGCCAUGAUCUAGUAGACUUGGAUGGAAACAAAUACACAAUGGAGGUCCCUAAUAAAUCCGGUGGUGCACCUGAGAGAAAGGAUUUCCUUCUAGAAGACCAUGAUCCUGUUUGGCUUGAAAUGCGCCAUUUGCAUAUAGCUGAUGCUAGUGAAAGAUUGAGUGACAAAAUGGACACUUUGAUGUCAACAAACAAAGUUGCACAAUUACAACAAAAAGAUAAAAGUGAAUUGUCUACCCGAGACAUACAACAAAUGGUUCAAGCUAUGCCUGCAUUUAACGAACAAAAGGAAAAACUUUCACUCCAUGUAGAGAUUGCUGGAAAAAUUAAUAAAGUUAUUGCGGAAGAAGGGCUUAGAGACCUUGGUCAAAUUGAGCAGGAUCUUGUGUUUGGUGAUGCUGGAAAUAAAGAACUACUUGAGUUUUUAGAAGAAUAUGAGGUUGAGAUUGAUGAUGAUUUAUGCAUUAGCUGAUCCUGAAAAGUUUGAGGGUGACCAAGGAGCAAAGCUUAUGGAGUUGGCAGAUUUGACGCCGCAGAGUAUGAUCUUUAUUAAUAACAUGAGAUUGCUAGAGGGUCCACCCAAACCAAAGAAACCAGAACCCAGCGGGGGAUUCCUCAAGGGUAAAAAGAAAGCGAAUACUGCACUGAGGAAGGACAAACAAGGGGAAGAAGAAACAUGGGCACUCUUCAGAUUUUUUCCUGUUCUAGAGGAGUUACUUGAAAAAAUUGACAAAAAUCAAAUGCCAAAGGACGAGUAUGAAUGCAUAAAUGAAUCAGAGUCAAGCUCAAGCGGUCGACCGUCAGGCCCUGGUGGUCGAACAGGGAGGGGCGGCGGUCAAAUCCGGUCAAGGAGAAAAGCGGCACAAACAAAAUCUGAUGAUGGACAUUCAAGCGACUCGGUGGUAAAAAAUGCAACUGUGGAUUUAAAACACUUGGGGCAACGAAUUUUUGUUUUUAUUAUCGGUGGUGCCACUAGAUCUGAGUUGCGGAUAUGUCACAAGCUUACUGCCAAACUGAAAAGGGAAAUUGUACUGGGUUCAACUAGCAUAGAUGAUCCACCAAAUUACAUUACAAAAGUGAAGAUGCUUUCCUUCAGUGGAUACGGUUGUUGAUAUCCAGAUGCAAAUAAUGUCUGGUACUUGGGUUACAUGCAUAUGUAUUAUGUAUAUAAAUAUAUUGCAGUUUUUGUAAGUAGGUUUACAUUGUGAGUCUUUUUACUAGUUUGUUGAUAUCCGGAUCUUUUUAUUCACAUUGUUUGUGCAUAUAUUACAACAAAAGUUCUUGUUAUUUCUUGUAUCUAGCCCUAAAUAUUAC